AUGGAACAGGCUAUACAAUAUCUACAACAAAAACAAAUUAGGGAAGAAACCAUUGAGACAGACAGUCUAUCCGUUUUACACGCCAUUAAUAAUGCGGAACAUUCAUCACCCACCAUAGCAUCCAUACAACAAAGAUUGCGAGAGAACAAUGGACAGUCCUACAUGCUGGAAUGGACUAAGGCACAUGUAGGAAAUGAGAUGGCAGACAGUCUAGCUAAGGACGCGGCUCUAGGUGGAACUUCAGGUCUAGUCAACAUCCCCUGGCCCAUAUCCCACCUCAAAAAAUCCUUGAGACUCCACGCUAGGUCUAAAUGUCAGGAAGAAUGGGACCAAGGAGAGACAGGACGCAGAAUUUACUAUCACCUAUCAUAUGUUGAUCCGGGAAAGACUAUAAGUAAUCCACAGCUCAUACGCUACAUUACGGGGAUUGGUCCCUUCCCGGAGUACUUUGCAAAACGCGGCAUCAGUGAAACAGAUAUAUGCAGCUGCGGAGAAGUGGGAUCUCCGGAACACUAUGUCACAACAUGUCACUAA